AUGCAACAGCAAAAGCGUCCCGGCAAAAGCAUCAAGUCAUAUUUUCCAGUGAAGAAACCAAGAGCUGAAUCCCCUUCAACACCAACCCUUGUCCUCUUGUCUACUACUAUUGAUACAUCUACACAUACUUCUGCAUUACUAGUGAUCAACUCAUCAACACAAUCAGAUACAUCAUCAACAGUAACAUUACCAGCAUCAACACAAUUAGCAACAUUAUCAACAUCACCAACACAAUCAGCAACAUUGCCAACAUCUCCACAAUCAGCUACAUCAUCAACAGCAACAUUAGCAAUAUUACCAACAUCAACACAAUCAGCAACAUCAUCAACAUCUUCACAAUCAGCUACAUCAUCAACAGCAAUAUUACCAACACAAUCAGCAACAUCACCGACAGACAUUAGUCAUUCUAAGAAUGAGCCACCUAGUCAGCCAGUAUUAUCUUCUUAUGUACAAAACAGUGAUAAAAGGUCAUUUCAAUCUCAAUGGUUUAAAGAUCGUCCUUGGUUGGAGUUUUCAGUUAUACAAAAUAAAGCAUAUUGUUACUAUUGUCGACAUUAUGGAACAUCGAAAUUAACGACUAAAAGUCAAUGUAAUGCUUUUUUAAAAGGGUUUUACAAUUGGAGGAAGGCAUUAGAUUCAAAAAGUGGUUUCAAACAACAUGAAUCAAGUGAAGGUCAUUUACAAGCAACAACAAAUUAUCAAGAAUAUCUGUUACGUUUUAAUACACAAACAUGCGUCAUUAACGUAUUAUAUACCGGUAGAUCUCAACAGAUUAAACGAAAUCGUGAUCGAAUAUCAAAAAUUGCAUCAGCGUUUUUUAUUGUGUGCCAGACAAAUGAUAGCAUUAAGAGAUCGAAUAAUCGUGGUAAUUUAUUGGAAAUUCUUUCGUGGUCAUCAGAAACAGAUCCAACAGUAAAAUCUAUAAUGGAGAACGAAACAACAAAACUUAAAAAAUGGUCAAGUAUAAGGUGGGAUAGUAGAUGGUCAUCAAUAGAUUCCAUUAUCAAAAAUUAUCGAGCAAUUCUUAAAGCACUAAACGAUUUAAUCGACGAUGGUGAUGCAAGAUCUGCUGAUGCAAAUGGUUUAUUGAUUGCUUUUAAAGAGCCAUUGUUUAUUAUUACUUUAUUUGUUAUACAUAAAAUACUUGGACCUAUUAAAAUCUUAUCAAAUCAAUUACAAGAUGAAUCAUUAGAUUUUGGAGCAGCACGAGAAUUGAUCUCAUCUAUUAUUGAGCAAAUGAAAAGCUAUCGCAAUAAUAGCUCAUUCGAAUCAUUAUAUAGUAAAGUAGCACAAUUCUGUACUGAAAACCAAAUUGACAUUAGUCAAAAGCCACGGCAAAGACGGCAAAAGAAAGUGCCAGCGCAUUUCAAUGAUUGUAUUGCUACAUUAAUAAAUGGUCAUCGGGACUAUGCUGAUAAUGAAGAACAAUAUCGUACAACGAUUUAUUAUUCAUUAAUUGAUAGUGUUUUAAUCGAACUAAAUCAUCGUUUUUCAAGUGAAACUAUGAAAAUUUUAAUUAGUAUAUCAUCUCUAUGUCCUAAAAAUGAAAAAUUCUUAGAUUUUGAAAUACUCAAACCAUUUGCAUUAAAUUUGGAUAUAAAUCCUGAUAUGCUGAAAAAUGAAUUAAACGUUUUACGACCAAUGUUGAAGAAUAAAAGGUUAUUGGAUCUCAAAGAGUUAUAUUGUGAAUUAAUUCCAUUCGUACGAGCUUUUCCAAAUGUUGUUUUAAUGUACAAUCAAUCAACAGAUGGGAAUUCCCUAAUUCACUAA